AUGCUUGGAGAUCACAGAACGUUAUUCCAGGUAGUAGCAGAAGACGUUAAAAAGUUGUGGAAUGAGCAGGCACUGCGAGGAUUGAUCCUCUCCAGCCUUGGUUUGCAGAUCAUCUUAAGUUUACUAGGAAAACUUCGGAAAACCCAUCCAAGAACUCUACUCAGAACCACUCUCUGGUUCGUAUACUUUUUGGCAUAUGCGGUUGUACCGAUAGCCCUCAGUAUUACUGCCCAAAGUGCCUUAGAAGUAUGCAACAACACCCCUCAUUCCAUUUCAAAACAUCAUAAAUCAAACACAAGUGAGCUCGCGUCUUUUUGGGCAUCAUUUCUCCUUCUCCACCUUGGUGGUCCAGACUUCAUUACCGCCUACUCCUCAGAAGACAAUGAGCUUUGGUUAAGACACUUGGUGUUUCUGGUGUUUCAAUCAGGAGUUGCUCUCUAUAUCCUAUUGUUGUCCUGGCCAGGUUGCUCUCAUCUCCCGCUACUAAGCAUAUUCGUUUUUGCAGCUGGUUGCAUAAAAUGUUUUCAACGUGUUCGGGCUCUAAGGUUAGGAAACACUGAGCAUCUCCGAGAGUCGAUGCUUGGCCCUGCCGACCCAGGUCCCGAUUAUGUCAAAUUCCUGGAGGAGUUCCAACUGAAAAAGUCACAGGGUUUCAUUGUGAAGGUUGAGGGGGUUGCAGAACCCCCUCUUCCCAUCAUUCAUGCAUCUCCUGAAAGCCUGUGUAAGGAAAUUCUCGAAGCAUACGAUCUAUUCCAAACAUUCAAGCGGCUUUUUGUUGACCUCAUACUCACAUACGAAGAUAGGGAUAGGAGCAAAACCUAUUUCUGCCAUUUUGAUUCUGCUCGUGAAGCUUUCCGUGCGGUUGAGAUUGAAAUCGGAUUUGCAUAUGACAAGCUUUACACGAAAGCAACGGUGGUCUAUACUUACACAGGCCUCAUACUUCAUGCAGCUAGUGCUUUUCUCAUUCUUCUGGUACUUCUGGGCUUCCUUUUCUACAGUGAAAUGGGCAAUUUCUGUGUCAUUGACGUUGCCAUUACUUACCUACUAAUGGCAGCAGAAAUCUUAAAGGAAAUCUUCACGCUUAUUUCCAUGCUCCGCUCGGAUUGGACUGAUAUCUGGUUGAACCAGCAGAACCACACUCGUAACAUCCUCAUAUUCCCAUUCCUAAAGCAACCGAGUAAACAAAGGUGGUCCAAUUCCAUUGCUCAGUCAGACCUACUAAGUGUCGCCCUUGGGGAGAAGCCAGCUAGAUUUUUGCCAGUUCAGAAAUUAUUUGGGGUAGAUAAGUAUCUAGAGACCCAACGAUACCAGACAUAUAGAGACGUUUCUGACAACCUAAAGGAUAUGAUUUACACACACUUUUGUGAUUUCAUAGCUUGUAGCUCUGAUUCUAAAGCAUUUUGUAUUCACAAUGGUGGUUUUUCUAGUUUCUCUCUCCAAAAGAAUAAGUGUACCACUCUUCUGUGGAGCAUCAAUGAGGCAGAAUUCUAUCAGAUCGUUCUUACAUGGCACAUAGCUACUGCUCUUUGCUACUACUCAGAGGUUAAUGAUCCGUUUCAAAUCAACCGCAUUGAAAGCAAGCACAUAUCUGAGUAUCUGGUCAAUCUUCUCAUUUCAAACCCUGAAAUGCUGCCAAUGGGUAUUGGAAUAAUCAGGUACCGUGACACGUGUGCUGAUGCCAUGCGUUUCUUCAAAACAAAAGGUCCUAUUACUGAAAAAGCAGAAGCGUGCCGAAAGUUGCUUGAAGUUGAUUGUAAGGAGUUGUUGCCUAGUAUAGUGAAGGGGGAUCGAUCCAAAUCUGUACUGUUUGAUGGUUGCAGGCUCGCAUUAGAUUUGAGGGAAAUGGAAAUGGAAAGGGGGGGAAUGUGGAAAGUGGUGAGUCAAGUAUGGAUCGAGAUCCUAGCUUACGCUGCCGCUAACUGCAGAGGGGUUCAGCAUUCGCAGCAGCUUGGGAGAGGUGGUGAAUUUCUAACUCAAGUUUGGCUUCUGAUGGCACAUUUAGGCAUGACAGAGCAUUUCCAGGUAUCGCAGGGCCAUGCUAGAGCUAGGUUCAAUGUGUCAUAG